AUGGUCUUCGAGAGACGACCACAUCGGCGCCGCGAUAACGGCAAUCAAGAUCAGAUGCAUAUUGACCAAUCAAAUGACACCCAGGAGCUAACCCUACAUUCACGAAGAUAUCAACAAUCACAUGCUGCGUUUGAAGCUUCUUCCGACUUCUUCAUGAACACAGACGCCCUCCAAGUUCUUGAGGAGGCCCCGAUCGCGAUUCGCAAGGAAUACGAUUCGGCGAUGAGUAGACGGAGCAGUAUCGUAAGGCGUAGCCUGUCCAGGAUUCCUGCAAGUCUAGCCAUCUCCGUAAAGCUUUUAGUCCAAGCGAUCCGUUUCAUUGACCAGGGCUAUUAUUACAUUGCCAGACCAAUGGUAAUGACUGUUCCCCCAGCCUUUCAGAUUGAGGCGUUCUGGAGGACACAUGGGGUUGGCAUGAUUACGUCUAAUCAGACCACACUUUCUUCACCACAAUUGCAAGUUUUGCAUCGUGAGCUUCUAAAACGGGAGGGGCUUUUUAUCUCGUUCGCACCCUUGGAGCACAACUCCGAAUCCUCUCCCAAAGAGGACGUCAUUCGCCUGUUGUCUUUCCAUCCAGGUAAGAGACCACUGUGCCUUCCCGACAUCAAUGGCGAGAAGUCGAAAAGAACUCUUUCGGAAGCCACGGGGAUGACAUUCUGUGGCUCGCGUGUUGAGGGGCGGACUUCUUCCACAGUCGCUUCGUAUGGGAUAGAGGAAUUGCUGACAGGACCUCAGUCACACUGGGAGGUCGUCGACGAGCUCAUCGCACAGAAGCAGAAGUCUGAGCAAGACCCAAACUUGCUGAGACUUGGCUCGAUGCUCGACCAUCUCGGUUGGGGACUCGGGCCGCAUGGUAAUAGACGGAUUUCGCCACGCCUUUUGAUGCCGCUCCAGGUGCCGCUCCAGGCGCCGCUCUAG